AACGCAAACAUGUCAACAGCCUUUCCAGGACUUGUCCACGACGCGGAGAUACGUCACGAUGGAUCAAAUAGCUACCGUUUGAUGCAGCUUGGAUGCCUGGAAUCCGUGGCAAACUCGUCUGUCGCGUAUUCCUCGACGUCUCCACUAACUUACUCCACCACGGGCACCGAGUUUGCUUCCCCGUAUUUUUCCGCUAAUCACCAGUAUACCCCACUUCAUCACCAGUCCUUCCACUACGAGUUCCAGCACAGUCACCCGGCUGUUAACCCUGAUGCCUAUUCACUGAACAGCCUUCACCAUUCCCAACAGUACUACCAGCAGCUCCACCAUGGGGAACCUGCAGAUUUUAUUAACAUCCAUAACUCCCGGGCAUUAAAAUCCUCCUGUCUCGAUGAGCAGAGGAGAGAGUUAGGGUGUCUGGAUCCCUACCGCCGGCACGACCUGUCUCUAAUGAGUCACGGCUCUCAGUAUGGCAUGCACCCAGAUCAGAGACUCUUGCCUGGAUCCAGUUUGGGGCUGCCACCAACGGGAGCCGAAGACCUGCAGGGCAAACGAAUAAGUUCUAUUGACGGAGGAACCUGUGUCGUAAACCCAACUGAUUUGUUCUGUUCAGUGCCUGGACGUUUGUCCCUACUCAGUUCAACUUCAAAAUAUAAAGUAACGAUUGCUGAAGUCAAGAGGCGUCUCUCUCCUCCAGAAUGCCUCAAUGCAUCUCUUUUGGGAGGGAUAUUGAGAAGAGCCAAAUCAAAAAACGGAGGUCGCUGUUUAAGAGAAAAACUGGAUAGACUGGGUCUAAAUUUACCAGCAGGGAGGAGGAAAGCAGCAAACGUCACUCUGCUGACUUCCUUAGUAGAAGGUGAAGCUCUUCAUUUGGCUCGGGAUUUUGGUUACACCUGUGAAACAGAGUUUCCAACCAAAGCAGUGGGGGAGACUUUAGCCAGGCAGCACAUCGAACAGAAGGAGCAGACAGCCCGGAAGAAAAUGAUAUUAGCGACCAAACAGGUUUGUAAAGAAUUUCAGGACUUGUUAAGCCAGGACAGGUCGCCACUUGGAUCUUCUAGACCAACCCCAAUCCUAGACAUCGAUAUACAGAGACAUCUAACACAUUUUAGCCUAAUAACACAUGGAUUUGGAACGCCGGCAAUUUGUGCUGCACUCAGCACCUUUCAAACUGUUUUAAGUGAAAUGCUAAACUACUUAGAAAAACAUUCAACAAACAAAAAUGGCGGCACAUCGGACUCCAACCAGAUUAAUUCCAACUCUGAAAAAACACCCUUGCGGAAAACAUCAGAAACACAGUCCAAAGAUGGAAAGAGCGAAAAAACAGAGUAACACACCUGCCACAAACCAGCUGGUAACCUACAGUGACAAGAGCUUCUAUGCUGCUGAAUGUUUUAUAGUUGUUGGUGCAGUGGGACAAAAAAAUAUAGAAAGAUUGUACAAUAUGUAAUAAUGUCAAGAACCAGCUUUUUAUUUCACAUAACUAUCUUGUGAACCUUAUAUUUUAUUUGUAUUCUUCUUAAUAUUUUGAACACCUACAUUUUAAGUCUUCGAAGGGUUGUCAGAAUGGUUCUCCUUGAUUGUGCCUAGAUCUUUUAUAGGAGACUUUCUAAUAAGGUCACCCUAUUAUAAUGAAGAAAACCCCCCAACUAAAGAUUGAAACAGGUGGCUGGAGACAAAAACUAAAACAAAAAAAACAAACAAAAAAAACCCCUAUGGUUUGCUGAUUUAAUUUACAAUAGAUCUUCAGCUCUGACAAGGUAAUAUUAAAUAAAAAAUUAAAAGCCAAGACCUUAACAUUCAAAUACUCUUAGAUCAACAAUAACAAGAUAUAGUAACUGUACUUUCCCAUUAGGGUACAAUGUAUGCUUCUUUUGGAAUACGAAAUUAUGCUGUUCAGAGAACUUUAAACUUUUCUGUCACAUUUGUUAACAUUUGGUGCCUUAUUUGGUUCAACAUUGAACCAGUAUGUAUGGUUCCUUCACUGAAUCUUUGCAUGAUUACUAAUUAUAUAAGUUUAUAAUGCAAUGUUUUUAACAAGUGUUAAGGAAAUCUGAAAUCUUCAGAAAAGUUCCCUUUAGAACCCUUAUAACAAAAUCUUCUAAAACCAUAAGGACCUUUGUUGUCAACGAACCUUGGAAAAACAGAAAAAAAACUUAAUUUGAAUACUAGAGGGAACAAAAUGUAUAGUAGCUUACCACAGCACAAUGUUACUAUUUUACAAAAUAUAUGUUCCUCCUCGCUAUAUUUUUAAGAUACAAUAAGCUAUUUACACUAAUGCACGUUUAG